GACCACGAGGGCAAUGCCCUCAAAAUCAACACUCAGACAUCAAGCAAGACCGACUUCGAGGACGAUCUCCCCGAAGACGGAUCAAUACCCGACACUGUCCCAGUGUCGAAACAAGAGCUUCCGCCAUCGCAGCCGACGUCCCCCGCACACGAUAACGGAGGAUCAAGGCAGGCACCUUACAUGUCCACUCCUUGGAACUGCCACAUCUGCUCAGAAGGCUUCCAUCGGGAGAAAGAGCGCAAGAACCACUGCCUGACAGACAAGCAUGCCAGGCGAGAGGCCGAGAUUGGAGACAUCCAAGGAGACAUCAAGGGCCCAAGGCCUUUCAAGUGCGAGGAGCAUGGUUGCCAAAAGGCGUUCGGCCGAAAAGACGCGCUGAUGAGGCAUAGACGGGAGGUGCAC